UCACAACACAGCACACGCUCACAGCUGCUGUCUUCUCCAUCCUUUCCCUUUUCCCUUUCCACUCCCUCGCUUUCCUCGUCCCCUUCCCUUUUCACCCCUCAUUGUCUCAAAAAUUAUAAUUUUGCCACUGUGCAUUUUGCUCUUUAAUUAGGGAUUUUAAUCACUGUGACCUCGCGCUCGCGCGCGAGAAAGAGUAGUGUUACGGUGAUGGCGGAGAAUGAGGGGGGAGAUGAUCAAAAGGGUAGUAGUAUGGUUGGACCGAAGUCACCGUGGAAAACUCCGGUGGUCGCUGAUGCUCCGGUGAUGGGCACCGCCGAGUCUUGGCCUGCUUUGUCUGAUGCUCAACAACAACAACAACAACAACAACAACAACGGUCGAAACUCACUGAUUCUGCUUCUAAGCCGCCGCCGACAGUAACUGUGGCUGCUGGUGGUGAUACGGCUGCGCCACAGGAAGCUUCGCCUCGGGGGUUAUCUGGGCAGCAGAGAUCACAUGGAUCUGGAAACACAAUUUCUUCAAAUAAGCAUUCACCAUCAAGACAUCAAAAAUCAGGAUCUAAGCGCAAUCCUAAUGGGGCGCCACCUUUCCCUGCACCAUUCCCUUAUCAGCAACCACCCAUUCCACCAGUUUACCCUGCUAUAGUACCUCCACCACACGUUGCUGUUUCUGGUUUUGCAUAUCAACCUGGGCCGCCACCUUUUCCCCCUGUUGAAAAUCAUUUGGUAAAGUCUGGAUCAGAUGCAUCCCCUAGGCAACCUUUUGUUCCACCUGUUAAUGUCCAGCCUCCACCAAGAGGGGAUCCCAAUGCUUAUGCUGUUAACUUUCCAAACCAAAGGCCAAAUGGGCAAGAAUCCGGUGGCCAUUUGAAUCAAUUAUGGCAUCAUCAACGGGCAUUUGGGCCCAGAGAUAACAUCGUGUUGCAGCAGGGUAUGGGACCAAGGCAUUUGAUAAGGCCUCCUUUUUUUCCUUCACCUCUAGGGUUCAUGGUUGGUCCAACAUACCCUGGACCUCCUAUAUGCUACAUUCCUGUUGCACCUCCAGGCUCUCUUAGGGGACCUCAUCCUCCCCGUUUUGUUCCAUAUCCAAUCAAUCCGGGGGCUCCUAUGCUUCCUCAAGAGAUACAAACUUUGAAGGCUAGCAUAAUAAGACAGAUAGAGUAUUAUUUCAGUGAUGAAAAUCUGUCGAAGGACCAUUAUCUAAUAUCCUUGAUGGAUGACCAAGGAUGGGUUCCCAUAUCCACGAUUGCUGAAUUUAACAGGGUUAAGAAAAUGAUGACAGACAUAUCAUUGAUCCUUGAUGCGCUGCAGAGUUCUGGCUUAAUAGAAGUGCAGGGUGAAAAGAUUCGGAAACGUGAUUACUGGUCAAAGUGGAUUCCUGCUGCUUCUCAGCAAGCAAUGUCACUGAAAGCUCAGACUUCCGAGGGCCAACCUGGAAAGAAUGCUGAGGAAGAUAGCACAAGCGGUCUCUCCAAACAAAGUUCUGAAUUUUCUUCUUGCACCACAGACAAGGAAGCAAAGAAAUUGUCAAAUGGAGAUAUUGGUAAACUGGAAGGUGAUGAGAAGUCUGUCUUGUUUAAAGCUGGAAAACCUGGAUUUGAUGGGGAUUCUGAUCUUGGUGCUUGUCAUACCACUCCCUAUCCUGACAAUACACAAGGAUUUAGGCCUUUGGCACUCAAUUAUCAUGUGACUGAGGGCAUGGAAGAUGCACAGAAUCUUGCUGAUUUUUCUAAUGAUUUUGCCAACACAUUUAUGCUUGAUGAAGAGCUGGAGCUGGAGCAGAAAUCACUCAAGAAUGAUGGCUGUUCUCCAGUUAGAAGGGUGGAUGACGAAGAGGAUGAGAUGGUGGUCAAUGAUCAGGAUGUUCAAAGACUUGUAAUUGUCACCCAGAAUAGUAGACCAGGAGAAGAAUCUAUUAAAUCUGGGGAUAAAUCAAAAUCUAUUUCAGUUGAGCUUGCUUCAGCAAUAAAUGAUGGUUUAUACUUCUAUGAACAGGAGCUAAAAACAAAGCGAUCUAAUCGUAGAAAGAAUAGUUCUAGCUAUUCAAAGGCUGGUGAAAUUUCCGCUGCAAGCUGUGUCCAUGAAGAGUCAGGAAGCUCCAACCACACAAGGAAACAAAACAAAGGUUUUCCCAAGCAGCAGUCAUCUCAUACGCAACGAUUCUUCUCCAGCAACUUUAGGAAUCAUGGCACUGGUCGUAAUAAUUUUGGAAUCAUAUCAGAAAGUCCACCAAGCAAUUCAGUUGGAUUUUUCUUUAGUUCUACACCUCCUGAAAAUCACGGACCCAGGUCUUCAAAGCUGAGUGUUUCACCACAUGGCAUGCUCUCAGGCAGCAGUCCACCAGUGGGUUCCAUGCCAAAUUCAUUUCCACCAUUUCAGCAUCCCAGCCAUCAACUCUUAGAAGAAAAUGGCUUUAAACAGCAGAAGUACCUGAAGUAUCGUAAACGGUGCUUAAAUGAUAGAAAGAAGAUGGGAAUAGGUUGCAGUGAGGAAAUGAACACACUGUAUAGGUUUUGGUCAUACUUCCUUAGAAACAUGUUUGUCCCAUCUAUGUAUAAUGAGUUCCGAAAAUUUGCUCUGGAAGAUGCUUCUGCUAAUUACUAUUAUGGGAUGGAGUGCCUUUUCAGGUUCUAUAGCUAUGGUUUGGAGAAGAAUUUCAGAGAUGACCUGUACAAGGACUUUGAAGAACUCACCCUUGACUUCUAUUGCAAAGGCAACAUUUAUGGCCUCGAAAAAUAUUGGGCCUUCCACCAUUAUUGUGGUCUAGGUGACAAAGAACCAAAGAAACAUCCAGAAUUGGACAGGUUACUGAGAGAAGAAUACCGUAGCUUGGAGGACUUCCGUGCCAGAGAGAGGUCCAUGAAGAAGGACGGCCAUUAGCCUGCUGCAAUGAACAUUUUCUGGUAACAUCUUCGCAAUUUUGAGAGUCACAAGAUGGAUAUUGAAGUUAGCUGCAGGAGUUUGGUUUGCUUGCUGGGGGAAUAUGGUUUUUGUAUAUUGUAUACUGGGGGAAUCAUCUGCACCUCUCAGGGCUUCUGACUGCUGAGGUUUUGUUUUGUUUUUUUCUUCUUUUGGAGGUUCUGGCUCCCGGGUAUAUCCUAUCCUUUUUGGUGUUGUCUGCAAGUUUAGGAGGUGCUUGUGCUUUUUCUCUAUCGCUUCAUAUUCCCCCAAUGCUGUAACUUGUACAUAAGGAGAACUGGAAAAAAAAAAAAAAAAAAAAAAAACCACCCCGGGUUGAAAUUGCUUUAGUGACCUUGUGAAAAUUGAAGAAUAAUAAGAUAUUGGAAAUUUAUAUC